AUGUCCGAGAUAGAGUAUGAGCCACUUUGUCUGGACGUGGACACACUGGGGCGGGAGACGAUCGACGCCCACAUAGAGCAGAUCAGACGGCUGGUGGACGAACAUCUGAGCGAGCCGUACUCGAUCUACGUGUACAGGUUUUUCCUCAACAACUGGCCCAAUCUGACGCUCAUGGCCAAGCACCAGGGCAGGGUCAUUGGAUGCAUCAUCUCCAAGGUGGAGCCGCACAAGAAUGCCAGGAUACAGCGUGGACUCGAUGAUCGACGCCUACCACUGCGACGAGAUCAUCCUGGAGACAGAGGUGGUCAACAAGGCCGCGCUGCGGCUGUACGAGAACUUCGGGUUUCUGCGUGUGAAACGGCUGUUCCGCUACUAUCUGAACAAGCACGACGCGUUCCGGCUGAUCCUGCCCGUGACAGAGAACAGCAGCAUGCGGUCGACGUUUCUGCCGCCGCUGGAGAACGCGCCGGAGUCCACAUACUAACGAUAGAGCUAGCAAUUUAA